UUUCUAAUACAAAGUUAACGAAACUUUAUUGAAAGAAUAAGUAAAAACUCGGACGUAUUAUUGCUCUACAAAAGAGGAAAUACACACUUGAAGAUGGCUCAUAUUUGCAUUAUCUGUUUUUACAUUUUGUGGACUUUACCAUUCAAUUUGGUUUUUGGAUAUAUUUGUGACCAGAAUGCUGGAGAAUGUGAAACAACUCUUAUUAUUGAAAAUUACUUAACAAUGAUACAUGAAAGACUAUCGGCAGUAUUCCCUGCUAACGGAAAAAUUUACCGAUAUAACGUGAAAAAUAUAACGUCCGCUUCACCAGUUCCGUCCGAUGAAGUUAUAACAGCUGACGGUUGGGAGAAACCCCGAGUGGUUACAGUCGCCAAUCGAACACUCCCUGGUCCUGAUAUUAUUGUGUAUGAAGGUCAAACAGUGAUUGUACAUGUUAUUAACAAGAUGCAUUCUGAUUCAGUGACCAUACAUUGGCAUGGACUCCAUCAACGGAACACACCGUAUAUGGACGGUGUACCCUUCAUUACACAAUGUCCAAUUCUACCUGGACAAAAGUUCACAUACAAAUUUCAAGCGUAUCCACGUGGAUCGUUCUGGUAUCACUCUCAUUCUGGAUCACAGAGAUCGAAUGGAUUGGCAGGUGCUUUCAUUGUGAGAAAGAGAGAGCAAAAUCCUAUUGAGGAACAUAUUCUACAAGUAAUGGAAUGGAACCAUGAUUCUGACUCAGUAAAACAAAACAUACUACAUGAACACAAAGUCAUCGAGAAUAGAAUGUGGCGUCCAUCAUCCAGGUCACAUGAUGGAAUGAUUUUUAGUCGUAUGGUUUUCCAUUCUGCUUUAAUAAAUGGUAAAGGGAGGUAUUAUUCGGAUGAUGAAACAAAGAAUCACAAUGGUGCACCAUUGGAAGUAUUUCAUGUAAAGAAAGGAUUCAAGUAUCGGUUUCGUGUUUUAGCAACAGGUGCCAAUUUUCCGUUCAGAAUAUCAGUUGAUGGUCAUUAUUUGACUGUCAUAGAAUCAGACGGUUAUCCCAUUCAACCGAUGGUUGUGGAAUCUUUUAUAAUUAAUCCAGGAGAAAGAUUUGAUUUUUACCUCGAGGCAAUUCGUUCAAUUGGUAAUUAUUGGGUACGUGGAAAAACUCUCGAGAGUAAUCGACACACAAUUGCAGAAGCCAUUUUGAGGUAUGAAGGUGCUGAUAAAGUCGAACCACACUCUGAGAGAGGUGUAUGUUCUGAAUAUGAUCCUUGUCGUGUGCUAAACUGUCCGUUCUCUUCUUUUGGGUUUGUCAAAGGAAUAGAAUGCAUUCCAUUUGAUUACCUUAAGUCUAGCACUGAUGACGACCCAGCACCUCCAUAUAUUCCAGGAAGGUUUCAAGAACACUUUUUGAAUUUUGGAUUUUUUGGAAUAUACCCAUCUGUGAGUGGAACAGAAUUCGAAAUGCCGUCAGUGUCAGCCUUAACACAACCACAGGAGAUAAACACAUUAUGUGAAGGAAGAUGCCAAGAUGGACAAAUUUGUAAAUGCACACAGUCUCUGCACGUCCGGAAUGGGGAUACUGUGCAACUUGUGCUUUCACACAUGGGCAUGGGCUCCGGAUGGUUUCAUCCUAUACAUAUGCAUGGACAUUCAUUUCAUGUUGUUAAGAUGGGAUACGGAACAUUCGAUAAAAACUAUGCAUUUCUCCUUAAUCAAAACAGAGAUAUUGACUGUAGCGGUGGCAAAAACCUUGAAAAUGAAUAUAGUUAUUGUUAUAAUGCAACAUGGAGGGACAAGACAUGGUUGAACGGAAACAUACCUGGUCUGGAGUUGAACAACCCUCCACGAAAAGACACCAUUAUUGUUCCAGAUGGAGGCUACGCGGUGAUAAGGUUUAAAGCGAACAAUCCGGGACUCUGGUUCAUACAUUGUCACAUAGAGAUUCAUUCGCUACAGGGAAUGGCUUUGGUACUCAAUGAAUCUUUUCCUUUUAUUCCAAGAGCUCCCAAACAAUUUCCUGAAUGUAGGAAUUUUGAUGCCACCGGUGUUUAUUUACACUAAAAACAAUAACUUUAUUUCAUUUUUUUUCAAGAAUAUUGGAGAACUUUUGCUCCUUUAUUUAAGUUUAUUUUGACGGAAAGAUAAAUUGACAAGUUUUGGAAAGUGUUUUUAAACAUAUUUUUUCUCAUCACGUUCUCUUUCAAUGUAGAUCUGACAGGGGUAUCAUUAUUUGUAUUGUAAUCGUUAUGUCAUUACACAUUAUAUUAUCCAUUAAACACUGUUUUGAAAUCAA